UUUGUUUACCUUUUAUUUCACACUUUUCUGCAAUUUGCGUAAACAAUUAUGACAACUGGAGGAGCUGAAGGAGACGACGAGGAGCAGGGCAACGCAAGCACCAUUCCGAAGCCAGACCUUCCCCCGGAGCUAAUGGACAUCUUCAAAUCGCUGGCCGAAAACAGCAAUAUCGUAUUUAAGUCACAGCAAAUCGAUGAUCCGGAAAUUCCCUUCGAGGAGAAGCAAGGAAUUGCUCGGGAGGCAUUUGAAAAGAACCGAGAGAAUUUCCUCAUUCGAUUUGGAAGCCACCUGAAUGCCAGACAACUGAGCUCCUUCCAGGAUCUGGCCGUCAAGGAACCCAUCAAACCCGAUGAGAAUCUGGAGGAGAUGUGCCUGCUGCUGGAGGAUUUCCGGCGGAAACUGAGCACUCAUUCGGUUUGCGUUAAAAAUCGAAGAUACCACGCCAUGCAGCAGCUCCUGGAGAAGGGAGAGUACUUCAGCGAGCACGAGAUGAUGCAACGGGCACCCGAUCUCUACCAGGAACUGGUGGGUCAAUAUCUCACGGAGGCGGAGAAGAAAGCGCGGGAUAGCUACGAUGUUAGGAACACCAGCUUCUCGGGAAUCCUUAUGCACACGCUGGAGAAAAAGCAAAGGGAUGAGUUGCUAGAGGAAACGCAGCAGGAGAAGGAGGAGCAAGUGGAGGUCAGCAGAGAGCAGCUUUCCUUGGCAGACUUUGAAGUCCCAGUUGCUUGUAGAAAGCAGUGGGGUGGAUUUGAGGAUGACGAGCCCAUAGCCUGCUCCACAAGUCGAAAUGCAGCAGCUAGAGUUUCUCCCAAUAUAACAAAGAUCUCCACGCCGGUAUUCUAUAAUCCUGGAGAGCGCGAUUUGCUGCGCCACGAGUUCCUGAGCCUGAUGAAGGAGCGCUUCCUGGGCGGCGAGGAUAAGGACUUUGAUUACACGGCCGUAGAUGACAACACUUUGCUGGACGAUUUGAAGCAAAUCGAGCAGGAUGAGGAAGAUGCCUAUUUCGAGGAUAGCGAUGAUGAAGAGGAACUGAGGGAGCAGCCAGCGGAAGAUAAAGAAGCCUCCAGCGAGGAUGAGCUGGACAUCUACAUGAGGCACCUGAGCAAUCACCACAGUCUGCAGCAUUAAUCAAGCUCUAUAGUCUGCAGCAAUAGUCUUUAAUGUUAAUCUUACUCUUAGCCCUAACAAAAUCUGAUCUUAGACACUAGAAUACAUGCAGUUGUUGAGUGAAA